AUGUCCCGCAUUUCAAGACGGGCUGUUAUCGCUCAGGGAAUAGCAGCAGUCAUUUUUUUGACGUCGCAGUGGAAGUGUCUCGCCUCUUCUUGGCAGAAGAUGGGCGGCCACGGAGUCGGGGUGCCUCUGGAGAGGAGCAGGGUCCGGCGGAGGAAUGCAAUCUUGCGCUUGUUUGCCCAGCACCCUGUUGGUUUCCCGCAAAGAACAAUGGCCUCUCGUGAGCCCGUGCUUUCCAACCUCACCGAGGGUUACUGUGCAGCCCUGAUUCCUCCCCUGAUUAUCUUGAAGGCUGUCAAGCUGUAA